AUGAGCAGACGACAGGACUGCCAGACGUCUAAAUUCAAGCACGUGCUCCCCGGUCAACACGUCUAUGACGGCGUGCUCUUCUUUGGGUACUCACCCCCAGACACGCUGGACAAGGUCAAGGCUUUUCAAGUCCGGCCCGAUGACGUCUUUAUUGUCACCUAUCCUAAAGCAGGCACCACGUGGAUCCAGGAAAUCACCUGGCUGCUGAUGCAUGACGGGAACUUUGAGGGUGCCAUGGCAACGCCUGUGUACCUGAGGUCACCUUUCUUAGAGUUCAAGGACUUAAUUCUAAACGAGGUCGGCCUUGACCUAGCCGAGGCUGCCUCGUCCCCCAGGGUGAUCAAAACCCACCUGCCGUCAAAACUGGCACCGGCGGAAAUACACGAGAAAAAACCGAAGGUGAUCUUGUUUUUUAGAAACCCUAAAGAUUUGUGCGUUUCGUACUUUCAUUUCUACAAGAGCAGUUCGUCUUUUGGGGAUUUCAAGGGUGAUUGGUCAGAGUUUUUAGAGAUGUUUUGUGAAGGACACGUGGACCACGGCUCGUGGUUUGAGUUCACGAGAAGCUGGUGGACCCAGAGGGACCUGGCCCAUGUCAAGCUGGUUUAUUACGAGGACAUGAAGAAGAACCCUUUCGACGCGGUUCGCGAACUGGCUGAUUUCCUGGGGAAAGGCGACCUCGAUGACGUCACGAUCUCACGCAUUGUGACGCACUGCAGUUUCGAGAAGAUGCGGGAAAACCCGAUGACCAACCACCUGGAUGUGUAUUCCAUCGACAGCUCUGUCUCGCCACUGCUGCGUAAAGGUAUGGUAGGGGACUGGAAGAGACAUUUCACGGUAAAACAAAAUGAAGACUUUGAUCAACUUUACUCAGAAAAGCUGGGCCAACUAAACAUUCCCUUCAAAUACCAACUGGAUUAAAAAACCGCCGCUGCUAUUUAUUUUUUUAAGGCUGGCUACUGUUGUUUAGGUCAGGUAUCGGCAACCUGCCGCUAUUUUGAUGUCAGGAUGCGGCUCUCCAACUCCAUGAACAAAUAUUAAUAAUUAUACUAUUUCAUUUUCAAAACUCAUAACAAAUAUUAUACUGUAAAGAAAACCAACUUUAAACAAGAU